GCGCGGCCGGAGGGGAGUUCCCUGGGUGGCAGCGAGCGAUCAGUCAGCUGGGGAUAAGCCGGCACUGGGAGCCGGGGAGAGUCGGGGACAUCUGCCUGCGGCAGGACGCGACACUGCGGGAGUGGAGGCCGAGAGAAUGGCAGCCGUAUAGAGAGUGACAGUCAGCACUUCCCAAUGCCGGGGAAACCCAAGUCCAAAGUCAUUUCACGCUGGAAAGAGACAGGAUCAUCUUGGGCAGCAGAGCCGGAUCCCUGUACCGAGGGUGUGGAAUCAGCUUGAAUCAAGGUCCUGCUACAGAAGCUGUUGUUGACCACUUGGCUGUCCCAAGAUGGAUUAUAAAUACAUGGAGAGAGGGUGAUGUGACUUGAUCUGCAGGAUCUGGUUAAGCAUUACACAGACUGCACGGCACAGGUGGAAUGAAUGAGCUGAGCCGGUGAGGUGCACACACUCGCAUAGCAAGGUUUAUGGAGGAGGGCGUCUAGGGAAAUGACCUGUGAAUGGCUUGUUUGGCUUUGGCUAUAAAGUGACAUCAUGGCUUGAGGUGUCAGCGGGAUGGUUACAAAACCAGCAAGCUCUGUAUGUGCCCUGCAGACUGUAAAGAACCAGCAGGCAGCUUGGUGCCAAGACACCACUACUUUCUGCUAUAGUGUUUGUAUAUUUUAUUAUACACGGCCUCACAUUAAAAUGUGGCCAAAAUAUUUGCUAAAAAGAUCAUUUUAGAAGUUUCCUACAAAGUAUUUUUCUAGUGCCAUUUCUAUAGAACCCUGUGUUUAAGCAUAGUCUUCCUUCCCUACCGUACUGUUACGGUUCCUGCUGCCUACUACAACAUUCGGAGCUUCCAAAAGGGACACUUUCCAUCUUACAGCCAAGGAUAAACCCAAACGUUGCCAGUGCCAUGGCAGAGAAGUGUGAGUAUAUUGCCAACAUGUAUGGCUACGAUUUGGGCUGCCAUUUUGUGGAUUUUAAGCCGUUGGGGUUUGGGGCCAAUGGUUUAGUUCUGUCAGCUGUCGACAGCAAGAACUCGAGAAGGGUGGCUGUGAAAAAGAUUGCCAUCAGCGAUGGGCGAAGCAUGAAGCACGCCUUGAGGGAAAUUAAGAUUAUCCGGCGUCUGAACCAUGACAACAUUGUAAAAGUCCAUGCAGUCCUGGGUCCGAGAGGAGCUGACUUACAAGGAGAUAUAUUAAAGUACAACUUGGUGUAUAUUGUGCAGGAGCAUAUGGAGACCGACCUCGCCCAGCUGCUGGAACAAGGUCCCCUUACUGAAGACCACGCUAAGCUGUUCAUGUACCAGCUCCUCCGAGGGCUCAAGUACAUUCACUCAACCAACGUGCUUCACAGGGAUUUAAAGCCGGCCAAUAUAUUCAUCAGUACUGAGGAACUGCUGCUCAAGAUUGGGGAUUUUGGAUUGGCCAGGAUUGUGGACCAACAUUACUCACAUAAGGGCUAUCUCUCUGAAGGGCUGGUAACGAAAUGGUAUCGAUCCCCACGGCUUCUGCUGUCCCCUAACAACUAUACUAAGGCUAUUGAUAUGUGGGCGGCGGGGUGCAUACUGGCAGAGAUGCUCACAGGGAGAAUGCUGUUUGCAGGGAGCCAUGAAUUGGAGCAGAUGCAGCUGAUAUUGGACACCAUCCCUGUGAUUCAUGAGGAGGAUAAGGAGGAGCUGCUCAAGGUCAUGCCAUCCUUCAUAAACGCCUCCUGGGAGGUCCGGAAACCCCUGCGAAAGCUGCUCCCUGAGAUGAACUCGGAGGCGAUCGAUUUCUUGGAAAAGAUACUAACCUUCAACCCGAUGGACCGGUUAACCGCCGAAGCUGCUCUACAGCAUCCCUACAUGAGCCCCUACUCCUGCCCCGAGGAUGAGCCCAUAUCCCAACAUCCGUUCCGGAUUGAGGAUGAAAUUGAUGACAUUUUGCUCAUGGAAGCCAGUCAGAGCCAACUCUCUAACUGGGACAGGUAUCAAGUCAGCCUGUCUUCUGACAUGGACUGGAGGUCUGACCUGAGCCGCGGGAUGAGCGACGUCCAACGAGACCCCCGAGCCGGAUCUGAACUGCAAGUAGAAGAAGCCCAAGUGGACCCGCGCAAGUAUUCCCAGAGCAGCUCCGAGAGGUUCCUGGAACAAUCCCACUCGUCCAUGGAUCGGGUUUUCGAGGGAGAGUCCUUUGAAUACAAAGUGGGGUCCCCUUCCUACCUGGACAAGCUGCUCUGGAGAGACAACAAGCCCCACCACUACUCGGAACCCAAGCUAAUUAUGGAUCUCUCCAACUGGAAAAGAACCACAAUCCCACCCGCUGAGGACUUAUCGCUGCAGGAGGAGCCAUCCAACCUGUUUCUGGAGAUCGCUCAGUGGGUGAAGAGCACCCAGGUUGGCCUUGAGUGUCCGUCCAACCCACCCUCAGAGACACAACAACACGACCCACCUUGCUCCCCUAGACACGAGUUGCCGCCGAGUAGUAUCAGCAAAGACGCCGAGUCUCAGUUUGACCUCGAUGUUUUUAUUACCCGGGCGUUAAAGUUAUGUACAAGCCCAGAAGACAUAGCGGACAAUAAAAUGGCUGAUCUCAAUGGCGCUUGUAUCUCAGAGCACCCGAAUGACAUUGUGCCAAAGGAAACAUUUCACAAAGACCGAUGGUAGGCGGGGCCUCUUUGAGUAACAACGCCCCUCUUUUUCCUAAUGUUUUCACGACCCACACUGACAGUAUAACAGAUGGGACUAUUUUACUGAACACAUUUUUUAUUGGUAGACAUGAAAAACCUAUCUCAAAAAAUGGCGCCUUUGCUACAAAAUGGCGGUUCGUCUCGUGACCCUUUUACAUUGAAGAUAAGAAGCUAUUUUUCUCCUCUUUUGGGAAUCUUUACAAUGAAAACACCAGAAAAAAAAAAUGCUGUAAAUCAAAUGAUUUAUUUUGUAUUAAAAGACGCAUCUGGGAUCUCCAUUUACCGUAUGAUCAUUUAAAGGGACACUGACACUUUCCGCCGGAAACGGACUCCGGAGCUGAUAUGGGCGUGUCAGCCUUCCUUUAAAGCAAAAUAUACUCCGAUUCUGAGUACGGUUUCAUUUUUUCUUUUUUUUUUCCUGUCAACUGCAAUGUGAAGUAGGGGGAGGUGACACGGGCGCAUAUUGUUUUUUUAAAUCUGUCAGCAUUUAUUUAGAGCGAAAUAUACCCUGAUUCUGAUAAUG